UUUAGAGACUGAGCUCCCGUCUACGGCGAAAACUGCUCCUUGCAUGCAAGUUGUUUGGAGCAAGGAGGCUGCAUGGCCUGUUGAAACUUUGAAUGAUAGUUCUUUAUAUAGUAGUCUUAUUACAUUGAUUACUUAAUCGCAUAACCAAUGACCGCACUGCAAUGGCGUUUAAUAGAGCAAGACUCGUCCAACGGGCAAUUCUAAACGAUGUUAGUCUAGUAGGAUUGCCGCUGCAAGCAAAGCACAGCGUUAGGCUAUUGUCAUUACCAGGAUACUACCCAAGGACCCAGAAUAAUGUUGCAUCUGCAUCAACAUCAGAACUGUUCUCAGUAACAAGUAAUGUCAACCAUCAGCAACAGAUUUCUCUGCUGUCGUGCGUCAGGUUGGCCUCGCUUCAGCCAUGCAUCAGUAGCAACCGUUUAUUGAGCUCGAAACCACAACCUACAGUUGCAAAUAAGGAGCAAGAUUUAGGAGCUGUUGUGCAAAAGCAAAAGAAUGACCAUCGUUUUGUCAGUGCAGAGUUGGAUAAAAAAGACAGCAAUCCUUCUGCUAAACCAUUGACGACAAGUGAAAAAGAGAUGGGAUCCCAGGUAGAAAUCGUUACUGUGGAAGUAGAUGUGCUAGAAGAUAAGACGUUGUCAACUUGGCAGCGACUGAAGAACAUGUACCGGCACUACUGGUAUGUCACUAUACCAGUGCACUGUGUGACCUCGUGCAUGUGGUAUGGUGCCUUCUACGUUCUAGCCAAGAACGGUGUUGACAUUGUUCCAUUGCUGGAAUUAAUUCAUACGCCAGAAUGGGUUUUAGCACCAAUCCAAAAGACAGGAGCAGGAGUGAUUGCUGUCAUGUUUGCAAUGUACAAAGUAGCGACACCAGCACGAUAUACAGUUACCAUUUUUUGCACUACGUGGACCAUCACAUAUCUAAGGAAGAAGGGAAAGAUCAAACCAGUUAAGGAGAUUCGGCAGAUUGUCAGGAAAAGGGCCAAGGAUAGAGUUGAAAGGGCAAAAGAUAGAGUUGACAAGAUGACGCAGCAAAAAAGUUAACACUUUGUAUUUAAUGUAGAAAUGCUUUUCAUGUUUGUAAUUGACUAGAGAAACAAAAAGUGUAAGUAUAAGUCACUGAGCAGGCAUUAUAUGAUUGGCAUUAUUGUUAGGUUUAGGCACAAAUAUAUGCAGUUAUAUAUAGUCAGCCAGGUGAACCCCUACCUCCAUGCUACAGGGUUUUUCCAUCGAAAAAAAGGAUCGCUGUGUUGAAGUUU